AUGAUGUCGCUCGUAGACCUGGACGACGACCAGAGGUGGGUGCCCACGCACGUCAAUGUCACGGUGCUUCGCGCCAGGGGACUGCGGACCAAGAGCAAACAUGGCAGCCGCUACCUGUACGCGGUGGUCCAGGUGGGCAAGGACAAGUACACCACGGGCCUGGUGGACAAGGCCGACGUUCCUGUGUGGUCUGAGGAGUGUUGCUUUGAGCUCCUCCCCGGCAUCCUGGAAGAUGAGGAGCGCGGCCGUGGAGCCUACCCGCCCGGCUGCGCCGACCUUGUCAUCACCAUCAUGCACCGGGUCCUUAUCGGACUCGACGUGUUUCUGGGCCAGAUGCUCAUCCCACUGGACCGCAUGUUUCGGGAAGGCGCCUGCCCGAGAGACGAGUGGUUCAAGCUGCACUCUAAGGCGGGACGAAAGGCAAAGGAGCGUGGCGAAUUGCAGCUGACAGUACAGUUCACCCGAAACAACAUGACGGCCAGCAUGUUUGACCUCACCGCCAAGGACGAGCGACGCUCCGCUUUCGGUAAACUCAAGGAUCGCGUCACAGGGAGGAAGCGCCCCGAUGCGGAGUCUUCCUCGGCUAUAGUGCCAGGCCGCUACGCCGCCCUAUCGGUGACCCCGGGGCAAUCCUUAGAAGACGAAAUUGGGGGUGCAGAGAUAACAGAGGAAAAGAGGAGUAAAAUGAAAGAUUUCUUCAAAGGAAAGCUGAGAAAGUCGGCUGACACUAGGUCAUGCUCGUCGCUUGCUUCUGAGAGCAGCACCUCCUCCGUGGCGAGCGAUAACCUCGGCCCUCCGCCAGCUCUUGGCCUGCUCUCAGAUCUCCCCAGUUCGCCCAUCUAUUCCGCCGUCCCACGAGUUGACCCCCGCUAUGGAGACAGGGAUCUAACUAAAACAGUUCUCAGCAGUCAGCAUGCUACAAAGAUUCAGACACACAAGCGAGCCUUCAGUGAUGAAGCUAGUAAGAUCACGGCAUCUGUCCCUUGGACGGAUCCCACCACGGAGUCCAUCAAAGACCAGCAAAGCAUGAGUCAGUCCAAGUCUUCCGUCUGUAUAAAUGGCAGCCAUGUGUAUGACUCUGAGCCUUCGAUCCCAAAGAACGUCGGGGCCCUGCCGUCCAAGUUGGUCUUGGUGGAGAAAUGCUCCCCGCUGUCCCGUUCUCUACAGAACAUCGCUAAGCGUAGUGAGGACAAAGGUUCCUUUGCAGAGGGGCGACGCUGGUCCUUUGAUAAGGCGAAGAAAAGUGAUAAAGAGGAAGAAAAGGAGGCUCGACAUGCUGAGAUAGGAGUACAACCUGAGCAGGCGGCAAACCCCUCCGCUGCUGAUUCUUCUGACAAAGGGUGGAAACUGAGAAAGACCUUGUUCUCUGGAGGAAGGAGUGAUUCUGUCCCUGCAAAGCCGGAUGGGAACCAGGCUGCUCCCACCUCUGAAGGGAGGUUCAGAGGCUGGUUCACCUCCACAGACUCCCAGAACAAGCCAAGGCUGAAAGUGUCUCCUAAACUAGAAAACACCACAGCUAUAUCCCCUCCCCUCCCUCCUUGCGACCCUGUAGACUGGCACUCUACCUCUGUCCCCACUGAAAAUAACCACACACAUCCCAUCACCCCCCCAUCCACUCCCAUCUCCCCCUCCAACCCCUUCUUUGAGGAGCUGCAGCGGUCCCCUCCUUGUGCACCUAGCUCCUCAACCUUUCUUUACACUUUACAGCACUCCACCCCGGGCACACCCAGUGAGACUCAAGGCGCUACUGAUAUACCCACCUUUAAAAGGGAACGUCCUAGGCCUCUUCCAAAGCAGAUAUCACUCCCUGAGUUUUUACCAGAUACUUUCAACAGCACAACUGAUCUCCCUCGGUCGGCGGACGUGCAGGAGUGGGAAGACUCAUUUGACACGUUUGCUUCAAACAGGCUCAACUCACCCAACGGAAAUCCCUCUCAGAUGCAACAGGAAACUAGCCCGGUAUCCAGUCUGAGGUUCGGUUAUCUUGCAUCAAAUGUAAAUACCGGAUAUCACGCACAUGAGCAACAACAAUACCAAGAGGAGCCUCCACCGUUACCUCCAAGAAGACCAAUUAGAACUUCGGUGAGUGAGAUAAACUCUGAUGGAUGGCUCCACAGAGGCCAAGAGCUGGCAGUCCAUAAAGAAGCCUACCUACUCUCCCAGACUGGAGUAGCCUCACUGCAGCAUGUAAGAGAGCAAGCAUGUAAAAGACCAGCAUCCAGUGUAUCAACAGACAGUCAGACCUUAGAUUCAACCAAUGUUAAUUCCCAGAUUUGCGGAAUCAUGCCCUUUUCGGGAUGCAUGGCCGAAGAGACUCUCAAAAAGUAUGAACCCUUGGAAGACAUCACUGACUUCUGGGGUGGCAUGCUUUUUGAACAAGACUUGUACGGACGGGUUUCCAGAGGAAAUGUUCCACAGCCCACUUUUCAUGUAGGUAGCAACACAGGGCUUAAUUCCCUCUCAAUGUCAGAGUUAAAGACUGCUUGGUCUCCUCCUGUGGUUGAGUCUACAGAGUUUUCUACAAUAACUCAAACCACAUGCAUGAACAAUAAUGUUACUUCUUCGCUAACCUUAGAAGAUCUAAACAUGAACGCGAGCAAUUCUGACUUUGGCUUUAUUGAUUCCGAUGGAUCGUCUCAGUCAGAGGCAGUGGAAGGCAUCAAAGGCCUCAUUAGUUUAAGUAGGACUGAUACGCAGCUGUCACAAGAUUCUGCAACUGCUGAACAUCGUGAGGUGGAUACUAACACAUUAAAAGGCACGAAGAUACCCUUAAGUGACUCCACUUUGGAAAAAAACACGUUAUCUAAUAAAACGUGCAAAGUGUCUCCAGUUUGCCAGGAAUCUUCAUUUGAGACCAACAGCGGUAACAUUGAUAAAACUCAGGAGCAAGUUGUAGAGAAUCAAUCUGAUCUCGGAUUUGACUCCAGUGAAGAUAAAACAGGAAAGGUUGAUGCAUUUAAAGAGAUGAGAAAAGACUCUGAUGAUAAUGGGAACCCUCAGGCUGAGGGAGAAUUGUUUCCAAUGGUGGUUAGUGCACGUGUUAGACCAAAAGGAAUUUCAUUCGUGAGCAGCACCGACAGUCCAAGUAGGACUGAGCUACGUCUACAGUCUUCACUCGUCAAUGAAGGUCCAUCGUCAUAUCAACCUAAUAAAUCAGCUCCAUCUACCAAUGUGGCUUUAGAUAAUGAAGAUAGCGUCUCACGCUGCUUUUUGAAUGGGCCGCAAAUACCUACAACUAAUGAGUCGUCAAUUUUGAUGGAGGAUGAUGUAAAAGAAAACCCUUUUGAGAUCAGUUUUGAAAUCCUUCAUGCCAAAGUCACCCCUCAUUUGAGAGGUCCUCCAAAGUCUGCACAGGGUUGUUCUCCCACCUCUUCAACUGCUAGACCAUCUAACUUCCACUUUUCCCCUGCCUAUUGCCCUUCUGCAUGCUCUUCUGGUACUGGGGAGCUUCACACUGGAACCAGUAGGUCUCUGAUUGUUUCCCCCUACAUGACCUCCUCCUGCUCUACCCCCAACUUAACCAACUCCAUCACUGAUCAGCCCCUGUUUGAUGCACAGCGCUUACUUUUGACUGAGGAGACUCGGCCAGCUUGCAACAUGCUCCGCCAGGAGAGCAGACCACACCCAGUGAAGCCUUUGAGCCAAUCAGAGAAGAAGGACAGCCGUUCGGUUUUGGAGAAACUUAAGUCCACCAUCAGCCCGGGACGCUCUGGCCAGCAGGUGGCAGCCGAGCCUAAAAAAAUUCAGGAGCCCACCGAGGACAGGUUGGCUCUCUACAAGCACCUGAGCAACAUGGAGCUCAUCUCCUUGCUGCUUCAGCAGGACAUGGAUAUGAACAAGCAGGAGGCGGCCGCCGAGCUUCAACAGGCGCAGCUGGAGAAGUGUGAAGUGGAGCUGAAAAAGGUUAAGGCGCAGGUGCGCGAUUUGGAGGACUAUAUUGACAACCUACUGCUGCGCAUCAUGGAGCAGACACCCACACUGCUGCAGGUGCGCUCCAGACAUAAGUGA